AUGAAAUGUGGUAUGAUGGAAGCCGAGGGCACAGUGUACGGAUGUGAAUGCAAGGACUUGCAGAUGAGUGGGUCCCGCAGCAAAGUGUGCCAGAUGUGUGAUGUGGGAGAGGAUGAGACGGUGGAGCGUGUGGUACUAGAGUGCGAGAGAAUGAGGAUGGUUGCCAGAUUAGGAGUGAGGAGGGUGGUUGGCAGGUGUCACUCUUCCUUUCUCACUGGUCAUUUGAGGUACAGUAGCUCCACAAGCCUUAGUCUCACACCUCAGCCUCAGCAUCAUGACUUCCCCCACCCUCUGCUCUCUGGCCAGGCAGCAUCCAGGUGGCUGCUGCCAAGGGAAACAGUCAGGUGCCUUCACACAGGUGAAGGGAAUUGUGACCAGGUGACCUCUAGUACAGAAGGACAAGCCACCACUACCACCACUAGCUGUGAGUCCUGCGUGGUGAAGGAGGUGGUGGAGCACUGGACUCGGGAGCUUGCCACAGCGGAGGUCCCAGAGGGGGACCUUGCCGCCCAGCAUAUCAUGGCACACAUCCUGGGCAUCCACCGGAGUGAACUACAGAGGCCAGCCACAGCAGAGACGGAACUCAGCAAGGAACAGAUGGAGGAAGUGGACCGCCUCAUGACAUGCCGCAUUGCAAGGAUGCCACUGCAGUACAUCCUGGGCGAGUGGGACUUCCACCGCCUCACCCUCAAGGUGGCGCCACCCGUGUUCAUCCCACGGCCAGAGACGGAGGGGUUGGUGGAGCUGGCCAUUGAGGUCCUGAGGGAGAUGGAGUCACCGCGUGUGCUGGAGAUUGGCUGUGGGUCAGGAGCAAUCAGUCUGGCCCUGCUCAAUGCCCUCCCACAGGUGGAGUGUGUGGCAGUGGACCAGAGCAGACAUGCUGUGCGGUUGACGGAAAGCAACGCAGUGCAGCUUGGUCUGAAGGAGAGGUUGACGGUGGUUUUGGGGAAGGUGAACAAGGACACUCGGCCACCUCUGCCUCACUCCAGCUAUGACCUUGUGGUGUCCAACCCUCCCUACGUCCUCAGGAAAGACCUUAUGGGCCUCCAGCCAGAGAUCAUGAUGUAUGAGGACUUGAGAGCAUUGGAUGGGGGCAAGGAUGGCCUGGAGGUGAUCAAGGCGGUGCUGCUGCACGCUCAACACCUGUUGCUGCCAGGCCGGACGCUGCUGUUGGAGGUGGACUCCUGCCACCCUUACCUGUUGCCAGCCUGGCUGGAGAAGCAAGACCUUCACCUCAAGCUGCAGAAAGUCCACCAAGACUUCAACAACAAGGACAGGGUCAUGGAGUUUAUUAAGGAAAUAUAGAGCUCCUUUCAGUGUGUAGAUAUCUACCCAACAGCAAUAAAGAGUUAAAUAGAACAUUAAUCUUGGUGAGAGGCUGCUCUUCACAGGACAACUCACGUGCGAGGGAUGGUGUCUCCGGCCAGGUCUUCCAUCCCAUCAGCUGUGAUCACAAUGUCGUCCUCAAUCCUCACCCCGCCAAAGCCACGGAAACGAGCAAUGGCUUCAGGCACCAGGAACUGUGCCUGCUCAGGGUUGGCCAGUGCCUGGUCCAGCAGCUGUGGGGAAGUGGUUGCAGAGUUACUGGACUCAUGUACUAAGAGUCCUAGCAGUGCGCAGGGAACGGAAGCCAGCAGGUGUGGGGCGCGGCGGGUACUGCUCCAGGUAACCACCCACAUCAUGCACGUCCAGCCCCAACAAGUGACCCAGGCCAUGUGGCAUGAACACGGAGCCAAGGUUCACCUGCACCAAAGGAACCACGGUACAACAAUUACAAAUUGCAUCUCACACAAUUAGAUGGACCUUAAGAAUUCCUGGAGACACUCAGAAAAAGGAUAACGUGAAGAAUUGGAGACCAUAUGUACAUAAUGCCUGAAAUUCAACCACAUAGGAUAAAAGCAUUAUUGAAUAUAUUUUUUCUGCCUUAA